AUGUUUUGCAUGGCAACGCAAAUUAAUGAACAGUAUAUUUUAUAUGGUAACGAUGCAACAUCGUUCAUUAAAUAUUGUUUUUUUACAAGAUGUAUGGAAUUAGGCAGUUUAAAAAAAAAAUCCAUUUAAACAUAUCUUUGUAUUAUAAUAAAUAAAUUAUUAUGUAUUUUUUUGUUAAAAUAUGUUUGACACUCACCUCGCUGAGUAUUGCUUUUUUAUUUACAGUUGGUCAGCGAAUAUAUUGUGAUUAUGGUAAAAUUGAAUAUUUGUAUAGAAUAACUGUCAUUAUUUGACUUUCCUUUAGGUUUUCCUGUAGCGGUGGUUGAGAAUAAAGAAGCAACCGAUAAAGAGUUUAAAGGCCAAUACGGUAAUCGUAGUGAAGAAAACCGCGGCGUUGGAAUUACCAUGGCAUACGAGCCAGCAGGCGACGGUCUUUUUAGAGACCCCCUAGAAGUUUUAGGUUUGAAUAAAUAA